AUGUUAUAUUUCUCUGUUUCUUUCCUUCAUUCUUUCCCACGUCUUUCUUUCUUUCUUUCUUUCUUUCUUUCUUUCUUUCUUUUUUUUUUUUUUUUUUCUUUCUUUCUUUUUUUUUUUCCCCAUUUUUUUUUUCUUUCUUUCUUUCUUUUUUUCGCACAUUUUUCUUUCUCUUUUGCUUUCUUCCCCACAUUUUUCUUUCUUUCUUUCUUUCCCACAUUUUUUCUUUUUUCUUUCUUUCUUUCUUUCUUGUUUCCAUCGUUUAUUUUAUUGUUUUUCUUUUCUUUUCAUUUCCGCUCUUCUUCUCUUGCUUUCCGUAUUUCUAAUUUAUUUUCUCCAGAUUUCUUUGUCGUUUUCUUUCACUUGUUUUUUCUAUGUAUCUUUCCUCAUAUUCUUCGUUUUAAGUUUUCUACUUUCUUUCUUUUGCUAAUGUUUCCUCAUUAUAUUUUCUCGAUUCAUUCUUUAUUUUAUUAUUUUUCAGAUUUUUUUGAAUUUUUUAAUUCUUUCUUUUUUUCUUUCUUUCAUUUUCAUUUGGUUUUUUCUUCCAUUCUUUUUCAUUUUGCCUUCAUUCUUUUUUCUUUCAUUUUUCUUCCAUUUUUUUUCCUUUUCUUUCAUUUUUUCUGGCAUUAUUUUUCCUUUCUUUCGUUAUCUUUCCAUUCUCUUUUUCUUUCUUUCUUUCUUUCUUUCUUUUAA